AUAUAUAUAUAUGGUGUGAUUUUCUUUUUCAUCCAUGCAGGACGCACCAUCACCCAUGUCCCCUCGACCCCAGGCUAAGCCCAAGUCUAAGAUCUCAGCCUCCAGGAAGCUCUCUCUCAAGAUUCUGCUGCUGCAAAGAGCAAUGGAGGAUCUGGAGCAGGAGAAAACGGACCGGGAUGAAGAGAAGGUGCGCUACCUGGGGGAGAAACUCCCACCUCUACAGCUGUCUGGUCUUGCCAUGGACGAAUUACAGAAACUUUGCAAACAACUCCACGCUAAAGUCGACGCGGUGGAUGAGGAGAGGUACGACUUUGAAGCAAAAGUUGUCAAGAACAACAAAGAAAUUCACGAGCUGAAGCUAAAAGUGCAGGAUCUGGGGGGUAAGUUUAAGAAGCCUGCUCUGAGGAAAGUGCGAGUGUCCGCUGAUGAAAUGAUGAGGGCGCUGCUUGGGUCCAAGCACAAGGGGUCUAUGGACCUUCGAGCCAACCUCAAAUCAGUAAAGAAAGAGGACAUUAAACAAGAGAAGGUUCUAACCACAGAAGUAGGAGACUGGCGUAAGAACGUGGAGGCCAUGUCAGGCAUGGAGGGCAGGAAGAAGAUGUUCGAUGCUGCUGGAGGACAGUGAAGAGUGUGUACAGUUUUUGUAUAUAAGAGUGUGUGCAUGUGUAUUAUGAGUAGGAACCAAAACUGAAAACUAAAAAUUGAUAUUUGUCUGAGUCAGUUAUACCUGGUCAUACAUGUUUGGGAGAUAAUUCCAUCACAAAUCUGAAGACUUGGAAGGCUUUUUACUGUGUAAAAUUUAGAAUUACCAUUUAAUAGCAGUUAUCUUACUAAUAUUACUGAAAUUGUGUGGUUUAUGAUGAGUUUUUAAUUGGAUGUUAUCACUUAAAACGUAUUGCACAGUCAGCAAAAUUAUGUUUUUAGGGUAUGUGUAUCUUCUGUAAAACAGUAAAUGUAGAAAUAAACUUUUCAAUGCCAUAA